CCUCGUCGGUGGCACUGUGCUAUCCUCAAAGCGGGCGAAGAAGGUGUUUAGCUUGUCUGGAAGCGUCUGGACACACCUAUUCCUCAGGUUGCUCUGCCGUUCCCGUACCGCUUUUGGGACAGACUACUUUGGCCACAAAGAUGUUGCCUGUCAGUGCAUGAAGGUCCUGCGUGAACUCUUCAAGGAGCAGGAGUUCCCAGAGCCAGUGAGGUACUUUGUGACGUGGUGGAGCAGAGACUUGUGGUCUCAGAUGUCAUACAGCUUUGUGAAGACUGGAGGCAGCAGGGAGGCCUAUAACAUCAUCGCUGAAGAUGUCCAAGGAAAAGUGUUCUUUGCUGGGGAGGCAACCAACCUAUUUGAGUGGCGUCCGAGAAGCGAGUAAAAUCGACGCUUUGUAACUCCUUCCCUGUGAGCAGUCAGUCACACAAUACCAGCAUGAAGACAUCUCAGUCGUACAGAGCAAAGCUUCAGUUCCUCACUCAACUGAGUCACUACUCUUUUAAGUGGUGUUUUCAACCAGUGUGUACUGUACCUCGUGUGUGAGCAGAGAUGACCAAUGCUGUUUGAAAUGUUAUGGACGUUGAAUCAAUGUGGGUAAACUGAUUGGAUUUGCAAAAAUUAAUUAACGGAAGGGAAUUUCAUAUUUUUCUUACCCAGCUUUUAACCUAAAUCCAGUGACAUUAUGAAAUGUUUUGUUGAUUUCACAUUAGUUGACAACUCAACCAGAUCAAAACUAGACAUUGAACUGACGUCUGUGCCAAGUGGGACACAGAGUGUUGGUUUAGUUGGAGAUCACUAUAAUAAGAAAUUAAAGAUCGGCAGCGCAAUUAUGCUCCUAAACAAUUAAUUUUGAUGUAGAAAUUGACAAAUAGUAUUUAUAUAGUAUGUGGAUUGUUUGUCAAUAUCUAUUGAGUGAGGUGCCUGCCAAUGUUGUGCACACAUCAUCAAUGGCUUUCAAAGUUCCAAUGUGUUGGUACAAUGAGCGCUUAACUGUCGAAGUAAUAAUAGUUGAUAACUUAAA